AUGAAGAGCCCAGAAGGGGCUUCAAAAACAUUUGCAGUUAUCGAACAUAAGCACUCCAGUUAUUUGGUUAAAGUAUUUGGUAAUAUUGAACUGAACUCUGAUACAUCCAUAACACGCCACAAUAACUUCCGUACGUUUUUCCAAGGCCUUAUGCUACUCUUCAGAUGUGCUACAGGUGAAGCAUGGCAGGCCAUUAUGUUAUCUUGUCUAAAAGGAAGAUUAUGUGAUGAGAGGUCUAAAAAGCCUGGCUAUGAAUGUGGUAGUAAUCUUGCUUAUUCUUAUUUUGUUAGUUUCAUCUUCUUCUGUUCAUUUCUGAUGCUCAAUUUAUUUGUUGCUGUCAUUAUGGAUAAUUUUGAUUAUUUAACAAGAGAUUGUUCAAUUCUUGGUGCACAUCAUUUGGAUGAAUUUAUUCGUGUUUGGGCUGAAUAUGAUCCUAAUGCAACAGGUUAUAUCCAUUAUACAGAAAUGUAUGAUAUGUUACGGAAUAUUGAUCCGCCUCUGGGUUUUGGAAAUAAAUGUCCAUACAGACUAGCUUACAAGGAAAGGACAUCUUCCCCAACUGACACUAUUAUGAGAUAGGAGUGUAUACAUUUUACUUUUGACAGAGUGAGGUCAAGCCUUGUUAUAAUCUACUCAUAAUCUGUUAUUAUUUCGUCAUUCUCUUAGAAAUAGUGAGGUUUGUUAAUAUUGUUGGCAAUAUUUUUUGUGUCAUACAUUAGGAUACGUGUAAAGAGUAUUUUUUGUUUUGCAAUGUUUCUUAAGAACAGUGUAAGCAUUGUAAGAUAUGUUCUAGUCUGAUUGCACUAAGAUAUUUUCAAUAAGACAGUUCUAUGAGCUGAUGUUUAUAUCUGUUUGGUUUUUAUUUAUAUGUAUUAUCUUAUCUGUUAAAAGUACAUUGACUGUACCCAUUGUACUUAGUUUUCUUUCUACACAACCCACAGCAUCAACAUGCAGCCUAUUUUUCCAUGGCUGUGAAGGUUUCUAGUGAUGUGUGUGGUCGUAUGUUGUCACAGUAUAAGAUAAUGGAUGACAAAGAGCCUAGAUUUGGCAUUCUUGGACUUUCACUUGUUUGAUUCACUGAAGAGAAGUUUGCACAAUAAGCAUUUCCAUGAUACAAAGGCUAUGAAAGACACCAUUUGAUACUA